AGAAAUUAGAAUUACCGGAGAGAAAAAUCAAACGCAAUGCCGAUGGAUUCUUCGUUCAAAAGCUAUCGGGAUUUUGAGCCUCUACUCGAUUGCCUUCAUCAUCCCGAGUCUCAUCUUCUUCUCGUCCACCUCUUAGGUUUCACACGCAACAAUCUGGAAGUUCGGGUGACAUCCACCGGAAAGUUGAGGAUCUCCGGCGAACGGAGGCUCACCAGCGGCAAGUGGCUCCGAUUCCUCAACGAAAUCGAUAUCCCAGAAGAUGCUGAUACUAACAAGAUCUCUGCCGAGUUUGAGAAAGGCAUCCUCUACGUGACGCAGCCCAGAAAAACCUCCGCCGUCUCUUCCAACAACCCACCGGCUCAGCCAUCGGAGCCCAAGGCGGAAUCCCAACCGCCGCCCACCGCCUCUACUCGAGGGAUUGGACGGGUGAGAAGAGGAGAAUGGUUGAGGAGAAAUAUGGUGAAUUUGGCUCUAGGGGCUGCUGCUGUUUUUGUCAUUGUGUAUCUCAAUCUUACAAACAAUGAUCAUAUGGAGCAACAGUGGUGAAGAAGAAGAAGCUAUGAAUCAACAUCUAGUUUACGAGCGAACAAUGGAACCAAAUUCGUUGCCCCGGAUUCGGGCACGAGAAUAAAAUUGCUAUAGAGCUGCUACUUCACCUUUACA